GAAUGACGUAACUACACCGACACCAUUCUUAUAUAUAAAUAUCGGUAACAUGGAAUAGGAUAUCCCUCGAUGAAGAGAGAGGACAAGUUGUUGAGGAGGCCGCCAAUGUCGGGGAAGGAGGAUGGAUCCCCUUCGUUUAGGGCAUUGCACUACGGAGGAGGUGUUGGUGGUUCUGUGCCGUUCGAGUGGGAGUCGCAGCCAGGGACUCCCAAACACGCCCUUAGGCACCACGAGGACGCUCGUCCGAUCCAACCUCUCACUCCUCCUCCUUCUCACUACCAGUGUCAUCGACGUCUACCCACCAAGACCUCCCCAGGUUCCAGACUUUUGGAUCUUGCCGUGUUCCCGAGGCUCCGGUCGUGGUCGUGGUCGUGGUCGGCCGACAAGGUCAAGGAUGUGGUCCCGUUGACUCCGUCGUCGUCCAUGGCCCUCAUUCCUCACGACUAUGAUAUGUCCAGGUAUCAUCAGACGACAAGAAGGAGGAGGAGGAGGAUGAAGAUAUUUUACUCGACGCCGUCCAUCGACUACGCUCCUGACCAUGGGCGGAUCCAGCUCUUUAGCAGUGGGGUCACAGGCCCCCACCCUUUUUUUUAAAACAAAAUAUUUUCUUUACAAAAUUUAUAAAAUUUUACACAAAUUAUUAUAUGCCCCCAUAAAAUAAUUAAAAUUACUAUUAUGAAAUUAACUUUGCCCCCAAUCAUAAAUCUUUCUGAGUCCGCUACUGCUCCUGACGAUGAUACAGCCUCCGCUUCCGCCUUGUGCUUCCGACUUUCCAGAUGUCACGUCUGGUAAUCCUAACAGAGUACGCGGACUAUACGUUCGAUCAACGCACAGUGGACGUUUGGUAUUAUUGUCGUGGUUUCCUUAACGGAUCACAUAAUUAAUUAAUUAUGCACCUUGUUUUCUGCACGUAUUUAAUACUGAGUUUAAAUAUAUUCCAAUCUACCGGUGGUUUCUUGUAUACACUGUUAAAGUGGCAUUGACGUGACAGCACAUUGGGUUUGCAAUGUUAUUAUUUUGUAAAUUAGUUUUUUUUUUAAUAAUAUGGAAGUUCACCGGGGGUUUGGUCCAA